AACACAAAUGAGAGAUGGAGACAAAAUGAUGACAAGCAGCAAAACGACUUUAGCUUUCUUCAUUUACGGACUCCUCGUGCACUGCAGCGUAUGUUCCCCUCUCAGCUAUCCAAACGUCAGAAUGGAGACGGAGGGGUUCGAGGACGGCAACUCAUUACCGGAUCUAACCUUUGACAGUGACCAGAUUUCUUUUGCAAGCUCUCCUUCAGUUACUGACGACACGUACACGUUAUAUUAUCCUCCCUCGAAAAGAAUGGAAAGGCACGCUGACGGGAUGUUUAAUAAAGCAUACAGAAAAGCGCUCGGCCAGAUGUCGGCGAGGAAAUACCUGCAUGCACUGAUGGCAAAACGCGUGGGAGGAGGCAACACGAUAGAGGAGGACGAGCCGCUGUCCAAGCGCCACUCGGACGGGGUUUUCACGGACAGCUACAGUCGCUAUCGGAAGCAAAUGGCUGUCAAGAAGUAUCUGGCCGCAGUCCUGGGCAAAAGCCACGAAGACUUAGAUUUGCACCAAAUUCUACAAGACAUAGACUUUGAUGUGCUCCCGGAUGGGGAUGAGAUUGAGGCUUUUUUGUUGGAUUGGCUGAAGCAGUUCCCGCCUGAAUUCUCGGCUUUGUGACACAGGAGGGCGUCUUGGGUGCCUUUUCCUCGUCUUUAAAAUGGCCACCAAUUUCAGAUGGCAUGCUAGUGGCCCUUCAAUGCUGCAAUCACCUGCUCACAUGCCUCCUAUUUCAUUGGAUCGUUAGUAUCGCGUAACGUUUGCUUACACCAUGUUUUCAUUCCACUCCCUGAACCGUUCUCUGUUAUCUGGUUUAGCUUCAAUAUACACGCUGUGUCCUGUAUAGCAUUCACUGAGAUUCAUUGUGUGUGUAGAGACUGACAGUGCCCGAAGCCUAACUUCAACGUUAAGAUAAAUCUCCAGAUGAAUAAAUCUGUGUCUUGUGUUGAUCAUUAGUGUAAUAUCGUAUGGGAACUGCACGAGGUGUCCAUUAUAAAUGUCAAAAAAAAAAACGCAGUGUUGUAAAAUUUGUAUGAAUAAAUUUUUGUAAACAACACAUUUUCGUCUUA